GUGGCGACCGGCGACCGUUGGCGUCGCGGCGGCGCCGAGGCGGGAUGGGCGCGCGGCGGGGCCCUGACUGACGAACCGUCGCCCGCAGCCGGGGGGGGAGGCGGGGAGCGGGUCUGGGGGCGGCUGCAGCGCGCUGAGAGCUGCCAGUCACAUUUCUUUUGAAUACCUUUCUGCAAUAUACCCUUGAACAGACUGCCGUCUCUUAGCACCCUCACUUGUUCCAUCAGCAGACAUCAACUACUCAUCCGGGAUACAUGGAUGAACAGGAAGUCAUUUUGUGCACAGCUGACAUUGCCUUGUUUCAGAGUAUGGUGAAUGCAGUGAGAAAGCAGAUCUAACUUCCAGCAGAAGUACAACAUAAAGCAUGGAAGAGAAGAAGAAAGAGGAGAAAACAGAAGAGGGUCUUACAGAACCUAGAUCAGCUUUCUUCGAAGCCUUAUUAGAAUUUCAAAUUCAGAUAAAAGAAGAAACAAUUGAUCAAGUUUUGCUUGAUCUGAAACAUGUGGAAGAAAAGAACAAAGAAUACCAUGAAAGAAAUGACCGUUUGAAGGACGAACAGCAGGCACGCAUCAGGCGUAUCCUAAGACAGCUAGAAGAAGAGGAGAAAGAACAAGAUCAAAAGGAGAUUGUAACUAGGGAUAACGUUGAAGAGUCACUGAAAGCAAAAUGGCAGUAUGUUAAGGACAAGGAACAACUUCUGAAAGAUCUGCGCUUCCAGAUAGAAGAAACAGACCAAAAACUUUUAGUAAAGCGAGCUGAGAGGGAUUAUUUGUUGGAGUACAAAAAUGUAGGAAGUAAAACACAGGCCAACAAGAUUAAGAAUCUGGAAAAAGACAUCAAGGAAGUUAAAGAUGACCUUCGCAGGGCUACAGAAUAUUAUACAAAUGCUUUGAAAACACUAAAAGAAAAAAAUGACAGACUGGUUGAGACGCAAGUGAAGAAAAGUAAAGAACAGGCCCCUGAGAAUGCUGUAAAACACAUAGACAAAAGCAGUUGCAAGGACAUUGAAGAAAAUGAAUGGCUAAAAGAAGAGGUAAAAAUAUACCAAAAGGAGAUAAGUGAUCUGAAAGCCUCUAUUUACCUCCUGGAAGAAGAAAAUAUAGGUCUAGUGAUGAAACUGCUUGAUCUCAGACUUCAGAAUCUGAGAGUACCCAGGCAUUUGUUUCUUACCCAGGCAGCUGGCUUGCAAGAUGAACUACCUAAGGAUGGAAUGAAAGGAUUAGAGCAUAGAGAACAUGAAGCAAAGACAGAUGGAGAAGAAAGUCUUAGAAAAGUCUCAGUCCCCCAUCAAAAAGAAAAAGCUUCUUCAAAGUUUCCAUCUGAAACAGAGGAUGAGAAGUCUCAAGGCAGCUAUGAGGAGUUGUGGGAAGAUUCAUUCGCUCCAACUCUUAGUAGCUUGUUGUAUGAAGAUGAAAAAGAUUUCCAGGAAUACUUAAAAUUGGGUCCUCUGGAGACAAAGCUAAUGUGUGUGGUUGGAAGAGCCAUGCCUAUUCAUAAAGAAUCACAAGAAAUGCCAAGCAAGAACCACUUUGAAGACGGUUUUAUCAGUAAAUCACACAGGCACAUCACAGCUCAGAUGAUAAAAUCCUUAUCUAAGGAAAAGCAUAUAUCCAUGCGGUAUCUCAGUUUUAUCUAUCUCAUACGUCAGUGAAAACUCCUUAUGUUCCUCAAGAGAGCUCAGAUAUUCCUGCCCAUCAGGUGUCUCCCAGAGAGUGAGUCAAACUGCUCUGUAGGCUCACUGACUCUCACUCCUUAGACACAAAGAAACAUCUAAAGGUUGGAGCCUUAAUCUCAGACUGAAUCCCACGUGCCCUGCCCUGUGGUAACUAGAUGAGUUUGGAUGCAGCUGCCGUAGCCUGAGUACAGUGGCAUUACCACAAGGACUGAGGUGACCCCAAGCAGCCACAUGUCAAGAGAAUGAAGAUACUUACCUGUGAGGUGCUAAUGGUUUAAGCAUAGCAGAAAUCUUCCCUUGGCUAUGCUGGGUUUUUUCUGACUGAUGUGCAGGCCAAAUGAAAUGGCUUACUGGAAAGAGAGAUUAGUUCUGCUCAGUAAUUAGUUUUGCCUUUUCCUUUAGUCACAGAUUUAGAAUACUGCUUGCGUUGAGCAGCUUUUCAGUUAAAGAAAGUACUCUCCUUCCUCCCACCGCUCCCCAGAGGGCAUUUACCUUUUCUUAGUGAUGUAUCUGUAUGCCCAUUUACAGGCUUCCCUUAGCUUAUACCCAUAACCCACACCACCACAUGCAGGAUAUGGGGCAUGACAACAACAUGCACUUGUAUCUCAGGAAAAGGAAGUUUGUCUGCUUCUUGAAGUCAGUGGUUAGCCUGUGUGGGUGAGAGGGAGUUAAAAAGAAAUCUGGAACAUGCUAAUUAGGGUGCAAGCCACAGGCAGCCUGUGCAGGCUAGAAGCAACAGCCUGUAGCAAAAUUUAUUUAGUGAAGUGUCCCAAAUCCCUUUGACUUCCAUAGGAUUAGCAUUAAGGCCAGCAUGAGGCUUUUAUAUGGAGAGCAGCUAGGUCUUCUGCAAAUGAGACAUCUGGAUCUGAUAAUUUUGUUACUGGCAAAAAUCUCUCAGAAAUGAGCAACAUUUGUAAAACAGUGGGCUGGUCAGUACAUUUUCCAGCAGCAUGGCCAACACUUCCAACUCCUGCUUAAACAAUGGGAGUCAUGGUUCACUAUGCCAGUUAGCGCAAAACUUACCUCACCAAAGUUGCCUGUAAACUCUCAGUGUUCUGAAAUAGUUGCUGUCGCUAUGUUUCUGUUGUGAGAGACAAGCACAGGCAUCAGUUGGGCUACAAGACACAGAAAAACGUCCAUCUGUCCACACAGCUACAAUCCAAGCAAAAGCUCUGUUGAGCCAGUUACAUUUUUAAUUGGCACUUACACAACUCUAAGAAACUUGCAGUUUCUACAGGAAAACUUUACAAGUGUUGACUGGAUUCAAAGUUAGAUUGAAGAAAUAUGAAUGUCACCUAAGUUACAUGUUAAGCACGCUGUAAUAAAAGCAACUUUAAUAGAACUAAAGUGCACGUGCUGGAGCUGAGUAACAUCAACCCAUUAAAUGCCUGAGAAAGUACAACCAAGUGUGAUGUUGUGUACUGCUAGCCUGUAUUGACUGAAGUGAUUAAAGGAGAUGCUUACCUCAGCACGUUACCCGUUUGAGUUGUUGCUCAGAGAGGUCUGAGCAAUUUCCCUGUUAAAUCAAGCAACUGGAUUACAUUGCUUGUUAUCGUCUGGCUGUUUAAGUAUGAUUUCUCCCCAGCCUGAGCUGCAGGGAAUGUACGUUACUUAACUUUUGGUCUGUUUUUUGAGAAGUUUGCAGUCUCUGAUGCAGCUAGGUUAUAUAACCAGGCAAUCCUUUCACAGGUCCAGACGUGCAUGUUUUGGGAAAUGAGGGUAGGAGAGUUGUUCUGCAGCAUUUGUUCUUGUUUGGCUACUCUCCUGAAGCUAUUAAAGUGUUUCUGCUGCCUAAAAGGAGUUUGCCAGAACAAGGUCAAGACAGAAGCUAAUGGACUUAAAAGCGAUACCGUAGUGAUAAGUAAGGAACGGAGAGUCUAACAGUACUAGCAUCAAAGCCGCUGAUGUUUUGUAGAUGGAUAAUCCUCUGAAAUGACUUUCCCUUGGGUUUUGAGUCCACUGUAGAAGGAAGACCUUUUCUUUUUAAUACUGGCACUCUAGAACCCAUGCUCUGCAGACUACCGCAAACAUGUGAUGUUGCUUUAGGAAAGAUUAUUUCACAACAUGGUAACAACAUGCCGUGCUUUAUAAAAGUCAUCAGCAACUGUUUCCACUCUGUGAAGCAUUUCCACUAGGCUACAGAAAGCUGGUAUUUGACACGGUGCUGGCUCUCUCCCUCACUUCUAGUGGUUAAAAUGCAGCAAGAGGCCAAAAUUAUAAUCAAAUACUGCCCUAGUAGAGCUUAGCUGGCAUGGGGAAGUUCACUUUUAAUUACAAGUGAGUCCAGGAUCUAUGCUAUGAAAAUAAGUCAGAGACUCCAGCUCUUCUGGUAUACCACAGCUGCAGAAUAUCUAGAGCAACAUGGCUGCAUCCAGCAUAUUUUCAGCAGCAGCAUCAGAUCACACAACAGAACUGAGAAAGAUUGCUGUUUGCUCCAAGGCUUUUCAUCUUUGCGUUAGGAAAUUUCAUCAGCAGUGAAGCAAGGGAAGAAAUAAAUGUGUUUUAUUCAACUCAUACUGAUAUCUUGGGCAAACUAUCUCCAAGUAAAACACAGGUAGUAUUUACUCAGCUUUCAGAUGCAAAAGGGUGCCAAGAGGGUGGCAGCUGUAUUACAUCUUGGUACUAUUCAGGUUUGUGUUCUCAUUCUCUGGAUCUAGCCAGGAUGUAGCAUACUAAUCAGCUAAUUCUCUUCAUUUUCCAGUUUUGACAUGGAAGCAGAAACAUCAAAAAUUCACAGACUUUUCUUGUUGGGCAAAUUCAGUCAGAGCUGCCAAUAGUAUUUCUGCUCUCCAUCAUGCAGUGCAUGGUAACUGCUAAGGUCAAGUCAAAAGCUUGUCGAGAGGCCAAGGAGAAAGUUUAUUUACAUCUGCUCUCAUUAACAUUGGUUUUGCUUCUGUGUUCAGCAAGUUUCUUUACCCCUCACAUGGAUCUUGUCCGUCUUCUGCUGCCAUCAACAUUUACCGUCUCUCCUAGUAUUCUGGUACCAGAUACUCACUUUUCUGCCACAAUCCCCUUUUAUCCCAAUUAUGUUCGUUAUGGCCUUCAAGUUGUAAUUCUUUUACCUGAUCCCAAAACCUAUACCUACACUCUGAAAACAGGCACCCUUUGUUCAACAGAAGAUGCAGGUUUUGCCACGUUCCUCCUCCUUGCUGAAGGCCUGUUUGGCAGCUAGGUGCUAUGGCUUUUUUUCAUAUGACUUACUCCAAUAGCUGGUUAGUUAAACAGACCAUCGGAUGUCAUGUAAGCAGUUUUAAAUAUCUCCUGAGGUACCAUCAGUGUCAACUUGCUGCAGGUAACAGUUUAAUUUGUGACUCUGAAAAAAAGAACAGCUCAAGAGUUUUGAUUUACCUCCAGCUGAACACUCUACAUUUGGGCUUUUAGGAAUUACAUGUAUUUACUAGCUGUUCAGGUUCUUGUUUUGGCAAAAGCAAUUGUCUUAAAUAAAAACAGAAUGACCAUGAGAUUUAUUUCUUAAGAUAAAACUCACUCUACAAUGAAAAAAUCAUUGUGGUUCUGAUACACUAAUAGUUUCCUUCACACAGUUCUGAACUGUAGCCCUCUAAAAGCACCAUAUCCUUCACUGCUUAAGAGUAGGCAGCUUUCCUAGACAGUUGGCUGUUCUAGAUUCAAUAACCUAUGAAACCAAUUUUGAAGAGAAUCAAGUUUUCACAUCCCCCCCAUAACUGAAAAUUGCCUGUAUUUCAAAAGAAACAUAUCUGUGAGCUAUAUUUUUCAGUUAAUACACAACUAAGUGUUAUUCUAGCAGUAUCAAAAGCAGAAAUCUUUAUUAGAAACAAGGUAAUGGAGGAAAAUAACCCUCAGGAAAAUUCCUAACACAGUUUUUCUCUGAAGAAUAAAUUAAAAGCAAGGUUUAUUAAGCAAGACCUCCAACAAGAGAGUUGAACUCGGUCAACAGUUGUGUUUAAAAAAAUAAAUAAAUAAAUAACCCCCCCACAGAACAACCACAAUAGUAAGGGGUAACAGAAGAAUUAGUCAUCCCUACAGAAAAGCCAUUCUUUGACACCAGAAUGGUUUGCAACCUCAGGUCCAUGGCCCUGCAAAAUAUUUUUGAAGCACCUCUGAAGGAUCAUAAAGGAUCGUAGAAAGCAGACCUGUCAUCAGUCAAUAGGCUUAAAUCUGAUAGACUGAAACCACUGUGCAGAGCGUCAUGACCCUAAUUAGAUAACAAGGUUGAUAUUUGUUUUAUUAUAUCUCAGCACACUGGGAUAAGGAGAAGGAACAACACGGUCGACCUUGAUCUUUUACAGAAGCUAUGAACUGUGUUUCAGUACAACACACUCUCUAGUGGUUAACCAAUUUAGCUAACAGUACACAAGAAGGUACACCUUUUUCAAAAUGACCCUAGAUACAGUUCACAUUCUUGAUAUUUGGGCUGCAAGCAAAAACUGAAAGGAAGUUGUUCUUUGCUCCCAAAUUCAAAGCUUGAGUUGUAGGAAGUUAAAGCUUUAAGUAAACUGUAUUACAAAACUUGCCAGAUCUGUGCCUGUGCAUUACAUACUCUAAAAGAAAUAGGUUCAAUUUGUUAUUCAUGCUCUUAGAAAUAAAUGUGAAAUCUGCUACUCUGUACUGUUUAUUUUAUGAUGUAUAUAUGAUUUAUAUACUUUCAGGACAAGCCUCAGGUAGUUGAGAAGAGCGGAGCUCCACUUGUGUCACAAUUCCAUGCGGUGAAAACUAGGCUCUGAGGCAGGAGAUGGUCUGAGCAAGCUGCUCAAAGCUUCUCCAGUACCACCUUGAGCUAGAAGCCUUGGCGGAGAUGCCUACAUUUUUUUUUUUUUUUUUUGGUGAAUACUUCUGCUUCUUGCCCAGUUAUGAACAGUGCAAGUUUACUACCAUGAAGAUUUUCAAGAACUAGAAGAUAGUGAAAUAUCAUUUUAAGUAAGAAAGCCAGCUCAUAAUGAGCCAAUUCACUGCAGUGGAACUGAGGCAGUCCCCUACCGCACCGCAGGGAAGAUGUUACACACAAUGUGUCAUUCGCAGAGCCACAGUGGUGCACCUCCUGUAAUACAAUAUGCACAUAUGAAAUACAUUUGGUAUUUUAUUAAGUAAACAAAGCAAUCAGUGCACAUUUUAAGCAGCAAAAAGAAAAGAAGCACCUUAGACUUUCAUACCGUAACAAAAGUUCUGUGGAAGCUGCAUUUUAUUUGAAAAUCCACCCAUUUUUGCUAACAUACAUUUUAAUAUUUUAAACAAAAAUAGAAUCUGCAGAGACAAUGCAGCAAGUAUGCUUAAUUCAUGUACAGAAUUGCUUUCAUAUUACUGACUAUCCUUCUGAAGACCCCUCUCCACCCAAAAGUUAUGAUGUAUUUACACAAAGCACCGAUCAACAGUGCUACUUUAAUUCAUUAACUAGAUUCCCACUAGACAUAUGUAAGGAAGCUACUUCCCCUUUUUUACUUUUAAAAGGUACAUGAUCAUAAACAUGGCACUAGCCAAAUGAAAAGGCUCCCCCCUCCCCCCCACAUAAUACCUCAAUUUUUACAGUAAAGAAGGAAAGUCUUAAAGUGAAAGCAAUCCCUCACAUUCAUUUUGGAAAGGCCUUAUAAUGUCAAAUGUAAAAAUAAUGACAUGCCAAGCACAAAGCAAUAAAGUUCCUUCCCAAUGCA